AGGAGGAAAGGAAGGGAAGGAGAAGGAGAAGGAGAGAAGGGAAGAAAGUAAAAGAGAAGGUAAGGAGAAGGAAGAGAGAAGGGAAGAAAAGAAGAGAGAAGGAAAGGAAAGGGUAGGAAAGAAAGAAGAAGGGGGAGGGAAGAAAGGAAUAGAGAAAUAAAGAAAGGAGAAGAAGGGGAGGGAGGAAAGGAAAAGAAAAAGAAAAAAGGAGGAGAAAAGGGAAGAAAAGAGGAAGAAAGAAAGAAAGAAGAAGGGGAGGGAAGAAAAGAAAAGAGAAAGAAAGAAAGAAAGGAGAAGAGAAGGAGAGGCAAGAAAACAGGAGAGAAGAAAACCGAAAAUAAAAAAUCCGUAGCAGAAACGAUCGAAUGCCCAAUGUCAGGUGAAGUGUCUACGAACGGUGCAGUAAACGACUGGACGUAUGCACAAGGCGGGCAGUACCAGCAGAACAACUACCUUCCAUACCAGUACCAACAGUUUGACUACAACCAGCAAGGUUACUACAACCAAGACUCGUACUACAAUCAACAAGAUUCUGGGUACGAUCAGCAGCAACAGCAGUACUAUGGUCAGCCCUUCAGCAGUCCUGCCUAUCAGCAACAGUACAGUGUAGAUGAUCAGUCGCAGCAAGAGGAGCAGCAGUUAGAGCAGUCACAAGAAGUUUCACAAGAACCGCAGGAGCAAAGUACACCGCAGCCAGAGCAUCAGUUAGCAGGGGAAUGUGGCCAGUGCUGGGAGUGUGGUGCAUUAUUCCAGGAUGUGGCACUCCUCCGUGACCAUUUGGCACUUUUCCAUGCCCAUGUGCAAGUGUACAGUUGCCCUCUUUGCCCAGCUGACUACUCUAGUGAGAGCCUUCUCAACGAGCACUUCCAAAAUAAUCACGUGGUAAGAGACUCUGCCGAAGAACAGAAUUAUUCGGCACCUUCAGAGCGUGCUAAGACUGGCCCCCAGUCAAGGGUAGGAAAGGCACCUGUGCGCCAGAGAUCUAAUAACACAAGGGCUAAUAGACCUUCCCAGGUUAGAAGAAAACCUAUUUUAUGGUGUGUUCGCUGUAAGAUCAAUAGGUUUGCAACCAAACACGACUUUGAAACUCAUCACGUGGGCCACAUACACGAAAGGGAACUUCAGGUGCGACUAGUGCGCCUAAGUGCAGCACAGCUGCAGAGGGUCAAAGUGGAUUCAGUUGGCGGGAGGAGGUCCUCCUCAGGGUUCAAGCUGAAGCUCCGGAUUUCCAAAGUGGGACGUGGACGUGGCCGUAAGCGAAGAGAAGUGCGCAUCGUCAGUAACGAGGAGGGCAUGAGUGAGAGCCAUAACAGCUUAGAAGAUCAAGAAGGAACGGAAGCUGAAUCUUUUGAGCAGGAAGAGGCAGAGGCCGGAGAAGAGACUGGCAUUCCAGAAAGAGCAGGGAGCGGUGAGGGUGAAAGUGAGGGUGAAGAGGAGGACGGGUUGGCCUCUGAAGAGGCAGAAAAUCAGGAAGGAGGUGAGCACUCACCUGGGCAUGACGACGCGAAUAGAGAUAGACACCAGGAUUACGAGCCGGAGGAGCAGGAUUCUAGAGAAGGUCAUUCUGGGGAGCAACAGCAUCAAGACGAAGAAGAAGAGGAAGCGGCUUCUUCAUCACACCAAAAAGAGGCACAGGGUGAUUACCAGCAAGAAAAGCAAGGGGACGAGCAGGGUGCUGUGGGGACAGGGGAAGGCAGUGAAGGCUUCUCUUCUGACUUCAGUGAACAGGAGCUUGCUUUUGGAACAGCAGGACCUAGUGAAGCACCACCCUCCACUUAUCAGCCUCAGUUUGAGUCCUUCCCCACAAGUGACUGGUUCAGUGAAUACGAGUCAGGCCCAAGGAUAGCUGCAGCCAUGGCAGGGGCAACGACGGCCGAGUCUGCCAGCGAGAGCAGUGCGUGGGCCAGUGGUGCUGAAGGAGCAGCUAAUCCAACUUACACAACAGCCAGCACUCCACCAGAGAAGGGCAACUCCAGUCCACCUGUAAAUGGCGGCACAAACGAGGGCGACGGAGAAGACGGGCUCUUCAGUCAGGCAGUGCUGGGCCAGGAGUCCCCCGAGAAGAAUGACAGGCAGGGAAGCUUUGAACAGUUGUGUCUGAAUGACUCUUUCUCAAACCAGAAUGAGCAGUCAGGCCAAGACCAGUCUGAUCAGCAGCAAGACGGUCAGAUGCAGUCAUCAGAACAGCAGCAGCAACAGCAGGCAUCUGGAGUGACGAAUGACUUAUUGUCUGAAUUGGAAUAUUUGAACAACAGUGGUCAGGGGUCUCAGGCUGGCCAGGUAGAUGGGUCGCCUCAUAGUGGAGGUCCUUCACCUCACAGUGGGGGACCAGCAACUCCCUCACACCUUAGUUCACGAGGUUCCAAUUCCGGCACGCCAACUUCCUCCAGUGGGCACCCAACGCCACCCCCCUCAGACACUUCAUUCAGGGCACUUGCCACCAGUCCCCUCACCAGCCCGCCCCAGGGGUCUUCACCGGCCAUAAGAGGACCCACGCCUCCCACGACGUCACCUUUGCAGCAGCAGUUGCAACAGUCCCCUCAGGGUGGAGAUCAACAGCAGCAGGGAGGUGUACCGCGUCUAACAAUUGCCAACAACCUCAUGGCCCCAACAACCAGUACAGCUAUGCUAUCCACAACGACAAAUAGUCAGGUUGGUGUAGGUGGCAUGAUGUCCCAAUAUGGCAACCAGUGGCCACAGGCUUCUGGCUACACUGGCAGAGGUGGCUAUGCUAGUCUAGCAGGAACCAGUAUGGCAAAUACAAAUCUAGGCGCUCCCUUGCGUGCCCCAUUACCUCCUAGCGUUGCCAUGCCAUAUCGUCCGAGCCCUCCACCGCGUGUCCGGGGACGCCCUCCACUAAUGGGUCAGAUGGGGCGACCUCCCCUACACCAGGGACCCCUCCUACAGCCCUCCCGUGGGCCAGGUCGCCCUCCUACUUCGUCUAUCCUUCCACCUCCUCUGAUGCCGGCGCCAGGGGGGAGGGGUGGGAUGAUGCCGCCUCUACAACGGAUGCACCAGACAAUGUACCCCGGCCAGAGACAACCCUCGCCUCAGCAACAGGGUGCUGCAGGAAAGAGGCAACUCCUGGGUGCAGCAGGUCAUUCUCCAAACAAAUCGGCGCGUCGAGAAGACAUUAACGUUCCCUCUCGCCAGAAAGACAAUGAGUGUCAGAUUAUUGCUGUGGCCAAUCGCACCGAUGGCUUACCUGUCAUUGCCAACGUGCAGGGAGGCUCUGCAGCACCUGGCUCUCAGCAGCGGGGCAGUAGCAGUAAUAGCAGUGGCAGUGGCAGCAGCAGCAGCAAUCCCCCUUCAACAGAAUCAACCAUUAAUCUCAGUGACUCCAUAACUCUCAGCGUUCGAACGUCCUCCGCCAACAAGGAGCCCGUGCAGCGCGGGGAGAGAGGAGGGCCGGACGCCGGUGCGGUGGCCAACCUGCUGGCGUCGCGUGGCAUCACCGUGACCCCCGCUGCAGGAGAACGCCAGGAGGGAGGUGGCGGCGGGCGCGACGACCGCCGUCUCCCCACCGCCCAGGAGCUCAACCUCUCCUCCGCCAUAUCCGUGCACCCACCAACACAACGAGAGCGAGAGGCGGGUGCGAGAGAGCGAGACCGAGACGGGUUCGCCGUCCCCCAAGCGCCCGCCUCUCGAGGGAGCGGGGUCACUAACAGCAACGUCGAGCGGCCUCCUCGCCCCCCCACAGUCGACCUGACACAAGACGUACCAACCGCUGGAUCUCAGGGCACCCGGCACCAGUGCCACCAGUGCGACCGGUCUUUCCCGACGGCAUCGUUACUAGCAGAGCACAGCCGAGUGCAUCAGCAGCACCAGCAGUCUCGAAUGCCUUUCAAGUGCCAUUUGUGUACAGCGGGAUUUUCAACGCAGAAGGGCCAGCAGCACCACUACCAGCAGUUCCAUCAGCUGCACCUCUCUGCAGGAGACGUUGCCAUACCCCUGGUUGACCUGCGCAAUCCCGUGAAUGUGCAGCGCAUGGCAGCCCUGGGCAUCCGAUCGUUCCUGCCUCUCACCAAUCUGCAGAACCGCGGUGCGGGCGGCGUGGUGGGCGUGCCCAUCCUGACGCUGGAGAACCUGAGGAAUGGCCACAUGACGCUGCAGCAGUGGGGUGUGAGCGACGUGCUCUCGCUGGGCCCCGCAAAGACACUGAACAUGCCCCGGUAAAGAGUGAGCGCGAGGGUGUUGCCGGAACCAGUGUGAUUGGUGCAAGUUAUCCUAAUCAGUGUUUUCUUGAGUUUUUUUUAUCUUUUAUUUAUUUAUUUUAAUUGCACUGAUGCCACGUGCAGACAGACAAGACAAUAGACUGCUUAACACUUAACCGAUGAAAGUGCAACGGCAUUAAUUUUUCUCAUCAAAAUGUACAAACUUACUUGAGUGUGCAUUCAAAGUGCUAGAACUAUAUAUGUAUACGAAAGAUUUCCCUUUGUAUAUGUACUUCUUUUCUUUAAGGAGGUAUAAGGGCCUUAUACCUGACUCACAUGGUUUUGAUGGUUAAUUGUGUUCGAGUGCCAAAAGAGAACCUCAGAUGUAACUUAUAUCAUAUUGUAUAUUUUUUUCCACUUUAUUUUUUUGAGUUAACACUGAGCAAUGAACUACACCGGUACGAUGGACAGCAUAAAAAAUGACAGAUUUCCGAAGUACAGGUUUUAUUUUCAUCAUUAUUGUUCUAUUUUAAUGAAGUUACAUUCCUCAGCAGUGCAGUGAACAAAGAAGGGACAAUUACACUAGCACUUUGCUUAUAGUUGUGAACAAUGAUUUAAUGGUAACUAACAGGUGUUCCUGUCUUGUUUGGUUCUUUUGCAUCUGUUCCAAACACCCCUUUCUCUAUUUUUUACCAAAUAAUUUGAUUUUGUAAAGUGAAUGUACAAAUCUUUGUAUAUAGUUUUAUAUAUUUUCUAUAAAUGUGAGUAAAGAUAGAAUUGAAAAAAGAAGGUUUCAUUUCCUUACUAGUUGUUA